AUGCCUGUCGAUCGCCAGGCCCAAUUUGCCCAAGGCCGCCCCGGUCUCGUAGCCACACGGGAAAAGAGCUCUACACCGGCUACCCCGUCCCGGAGGGACAAGAUCCGCGAGAGCUCCGCCCAUCAAGACCCCAUGCUCAAGGAUUAUCGACUUGGAGAGUGCCUAGGCAAAGGCGCAUUCGGCUCCGUCUACAAAGCCUUCAAUUGGAACACGGGUGAGGCCGUCGCCGUUAAGCAAAUCAAGCUUGGCGACUUGCCAAAGAGUGAACUGCGCAUGAUCGAGAGCGAGAUUGACCUCCUCAAGAAUCUCCACCAUGACAAUAUCGUCAAGUACAUUGGCUUUGUCAAGUCUACCGACUGUCUCAAUAUCAUUCUUGAAUACUGUGAAAAUGGUUCCCUUCACUCAAUAUGCAAAGCCUACGGCAAGUUUCCGGAAAACCUCGUCGGCGUGUAUAUGACGCAAGUACUUCAAGGCCUCCAGUACCUACACGACCAGGGUGUCAUCCAUCGUGAUAUCAAAGGUGCCAACAUCCUCACCACCAAAGAUGGCACUGUCAAACUGGCCGAUUUUGGUGUUUCCACCAGCACCUUGGCCGGUGGCCAAGACAAGGAGGCCCAGGUCGUCGGCACUCCUUACUGGAUGGCGCCUGAAAUCAUCCAGCUUUCCGGUGCCAGCUCCGCUUCCGACAUCUGGAGCGUUGGCUGCACCGUCAUCGAACUGCUCCAAGGAAAGCCACCCUACCAUAACCUAGCAGCCAUGCCUGCGCUCUUUGCCAUUGUCAACGACGACCAUCCUCCUCUGCCGGAAGGCAUUUCCGCGGCUGCGCGGGAUUUUCUCAUGCAAUGCUUCCAAAAAGAUCCCAAUUUGCGAGUUACAGCAAGGAAGUUGCUAAAGCAUGCUUGGAUCAUCGGGUGCCGCCGAGCCGACGCACCAGUCGCCAAGGCACCUGCAAACUUCAACGAAGCUGUCGAGGAAGUCAAACAAUGGAACAAGGCUCUCAACUCCUCGGAUGCCCAUCUACGGACUUCUACCGGCUCAGACGCUCCCCCGGCGGCCCGCUUCCCGGGCGGGACACCCGCCAAAGGACCGCUGUCAAUGCAAAAGUCCAAAUUUGGCGUCCAAGCAUUCAAGACACCCGAGCUUGCCGACAGUGACAACUGGGACAAUGAUUUUGACACUACACUCUCACCUAGUGCCCUUCAUCUGCCAAACCUUCGAACCCAGGACAACUUUGGCGGUAUGCUUUCUAGCGAUCGUCUCAAGGCGUUCGCUUCUGCAAACGAUUUACGAAAUGAUAAUAGUUAUGAUGACGAUUUUGAGGGCGAGCUACUAACGAUCAAGGGCCCCUCACAACACGACCUAGACCUGCAACAGCAGACUAUCCGACCAAUCUCCAAGGUUACGGCGCCAGUCGCCGAGGCCAGGAGGCACGCCCGGCAAAAGUCUAUUCCAAAGAACACCUUAGGCUCCCCCUUGCAGCCUACACGAUCUCCCCCCAAGGCUCAUUUCAAUAACAAGUUUGAGCUACCCACCCGACAUGACAUUGCCUUUCGUGAACAGAGCGCCGAGGACUAUUCCGAUCUAUUUAUAGAAAACGACAAUGUCUUCAACCAAAGAGUAAACCAAGUGCAAAAGGGUAUUCGCGGUCCAGACUCGCCUCAGCUGUUCCAUCCUUCAGAUCUGACAAGUCUUCCACGCUCUAUGCUCGCUCCCGAUGGUGGCAGCAUCAAGAAAAAGACCGCUUCCCGCCCCUCGGUCCUGCCCGACCGGCCAAUGCGGCGUACGCGGUCUUCUGUGGAAAUCCAAAAAUUUGCAGAAGACGACGAUGAGGACUUUUCGGACGUUUUUGGCCCAGAAAGUUCCAAUGCUACCAAACCAGUAAGCGAACGUGGCUCAGAGGAUGGCGGCUUGAUGCUGCUAUCCAAGGUAUCAAGCAACUCUUGGCUCGGCGAUGACGAGGAUGAGGACGAUCCAUUUGCGCUCAUGGAUCCUGGCUGGGACGAGAUGGAUCUGGAAGCAAAUAUUGCACGUGACAGACACGCUCGCUUAGCAGAGAAGAUCGAGGACUUGGUCCGGUCCCUUACAAUUGAGCAAGGCGAGGCAACUCUGAUUGAGAUUGCUGAAGACUUGCUUGCUCUGUUGUGGGAGAAUACCGAAGCCAAGAAUCUCAUCAUCAGUGCCCAUGGUCUUCUGCCCAUCCUCGAGAUUUUGGAGCCUUGCACUGUCAAAAGCAAGCAGUAUAUGAUCCUGCAGCUUCUGAAAGUGGUCAAUGCCAUUAUUCUCGACGAUGUCGAGAUCCAAGAAAAUCUCUGCUUCGUUGGCGGCAUGCCUAUCAUUACCAAGUUUGCCGCUCGGCAGUACUCAGAUGAGAUUCGCCUAGAGGCUGCGGCUUUUGUGCGUCAAAUGUAUCAGACGUCGACUCUAACGCUUCAAAUGUUUGUGUCGGCCGGUGGUCUUAAUGUCCUCGUCGAGUUUCUUGAUGAGGAUUACGACAAUGCCCGAGACUUGGUCCUUAUUGGUGUAAAUGGUAUCUGGAACGUCUUUGAACUCCAGGGCCCUACGCCAAAGAAUGACUUUUGCCGAAUCUUUUCGCGAAGCAAGAUUUUGUAUCCCCUUGCCCUCGUCCUACACCGCGUACUCGACGAAGAAGGCGAGGACGAGCUUGAAGAGCUUAUCGAGGGCCGCAUUGUUAACAUUUUCUACCUCUUCAGCCAGGCAGAAAACUACGUCAAAGAAGUGGUGGCAGACCGACAGGUGCUAAAAAGCGUCCUGAAGGAUUUGCGCCGCAUGAGUCCUGUGCAUCAGAUUACGAUGCUCAAAUUCAUCAAGAACCUUUCCAUGCUGUCGACGACAAUUGAAACGUUGCACUCUGCCGACGCUAUCGAGUUUCUCAUUGACCUGCUUGGCUAUGGCAUGAAGAAGGGACAAAUUCAUUUCCGCGAAAUGUCGAACCAGGUCCUCAACACACUGUUCAACCUCUGCCGUUUGAGCAAAGAACGCCAGGAAGACGCUGCUGUCGGCGGCAUCAUCCCUUUGCUCCUACGCAUCAUGCGCACGGAUCGACCGCCCAAGGAGUUUGUGCUGCCGAUACUCUGCGACAUGGCACAUUCUGGAUCCAAGGGGCGUCGAUACCUAUGGCAAAACAAGGGCCUCGAAUUUUAUGUGUCACUGUUGACAGAUCAAUAUUGGCAGGUAACAGCUCUCGAUGCCAUUCUCGUGUGGCUGCAAGAGGAGACGGCCAACGUCGAGAGCUACCUGAUUGAUGGCAGCUUCACAAGGGCCAUCAUUAGUGGCUUCAACACCAAUCGCCUCAACUCCUUCGACUCCAACCUGCUGGAGCCCCUACUUAAGCUCUUACGUCUGAGUCCCGGUGUGGCCGCCUCGCUUGCCAAGCCAGAAAUGUUUGCCGGGAUCGCGCAGCGGCUUGGACACAAAAAGGCCGUCGUUCGUUUGAAUUUGCUGCGUCUGGUGCGGACCAUCAUCGAUGCCUGUGACACUGCUCUGGGCAAUGGCGAUGGAACGACAUCUCUCAACAGCGCCCAGGUGCGGUCACUCAUGGAAGUGAUCCAAACGCUAGCUGAGAUCGACUCUGCGGUGCUGGUACGAAACCUGGCGGCGGAGCUGGUGCGAUCUCACCUUGAAGGUCGUCCCUCGCCAAGCGCAGUAAUGCGCCAUGACAGCAUCGCUUCUUCACAGACCAACUCCUCAUCCUCCUCGCGACGCUCCGCUACGCGACGCAAUACCAGCUACACGCCGCCUAGCCUGCAGUCGUCCAUCUCCUUCCCACAGACCCCGACGCAUCGAAGUCGCGCCAGCCUCGCCGGCAACGCCCUUAUCGAAGUCGCUGCCAGUCCACGGCGCGGCGUUGUCGGUGCGGCCGCCGGCAUCCCUAGCGCGCUAGACCGCGAUAACCUGCUCUUCCAGCAGUACCGCCCACGCAGCCGUGACGGCGGGACCAACCUGCCAAGACGCGUCAGCGGCGACGCCAGCUCCACCACGAGCAGCCACAGCAGCAGUGGCUUCAUGGUGCCCCCGUCCUCGUCUUCUUCGUCCUCGGCGGCUAAGAGCCGAUUGCCGCGAACGUCGCUGGCCAGCAUGACAUCUAGAGGUGGCGUCCUCGGCAGCAGCGCAGCGGCAGGCAUCCGCGGCGAGCCGGCGCCGCCCAUGGUCGUCCGCAGCGAGAGCAGCGCCAGCAAUAAGGAGAAUGGCGGCGUCGUCGGCGGCGUGGCCCGCAUGAUGAUGGGCCCUUGGGGAGCCGCGGCCGCUGUUGCGGGCGCGGGAGGGGCAGCGGGCAGCGGCCGGCGAGAGAGUAUGGCGAGAGACCCGACGACGGGGAAGAGACGGGUGCGCGCGCCGAGCGACGCCAAGUGGUCAUGA